GUGAGAGUGAGGACAGUGACAGAGUGGCUGCAUUAUGAGUGUCUCUGCUCUAAGCCCCAUCCGAUUUGCAGGCAGCAUCUCUGGCUUCCUCCAAGUGGCCUCUGUGCUCUGUCUGCUCCUGCUGCUGGUCAAAGCGGUCCAGUUCUACCUGCACAGGAAAUNACUCUUGUCUCCAGUCCAAAAACUAAACAAGAGUCCGACUACCUUAUCUUUCCUCCAACAGCAAUUCAAAGGCGACCGAGAACUACAGGAAGUUGUGUCUUGCAUAGAGAACUUUCCAAGUGCCUUUCCUCGCUGGUUCUGGGGGAGCAAAGCCUACUUAACUAUCUAUGACCCUGACUACAUGAAAGUGAUUCUGGGGCGAUCAGUCAAUGUUUCUCUCCCACCACAGGACAAAUGGGAACGGCUGGCUGGUCAGGACUCCUCUAUAGAGAUCUUUCAACACAUCUCCUUAAUGACCCUAGACACUGUCAUGAAGUGUGCCUUCAGCCACAAGGGCAGUGUUCAAGUGGAUGGAAAUUACAAGACCUACAUCCAGGCCAUUGGGGACUUGAAUAACCUAUUUUACUCCCGUGUGAGGAAUAUCUUCCAUCAGAAUGAUACCAUCUACAAACUUUCUUACAAUGGCCGCUUGUCCAGCCAAGCUUGUCAACUUGCCCAUGAUCACACAGAUGGAGUGAUCAAGCUGAGAAAGGUUCAACUACAGGAUGAGGGAGAGCUAGAAAAGAUCAAGAAGAAGAGACGUUUGGAUUUCCUGGAUGUCCUCUUAUUUGCCAGAAUGGAGAAUGGGGACAGCAUGUCUGACAAGGACCUACGUGCAGAAGUGGACACAUUCAUGUUUGAGGGCCACGACACCACAGCCAGUGGAGUCUCCUGGAUCUUCUAUGCUCUGGCCACCCACCCUGAGCACCAACAGAGAUGUAGAGAGGAAGUUCAGAGCAUCCUGGGGGAUGGAUCCUCCAUCACCUGGGAUCACCUGGACCAGAUUCCCUACACCACCAUGUGCAUCAAAGAGGCCCUAAGGCUUUACCCACCUGUCCCAGGCAUUCUGUUUGAACUUUCAACUCCAAUCAUCUUCUCUCAUAUUCCUAUCUGCCCCACAGGUGUCCAGGUCACACUCUCCAUUUAUUGUCUCCACCACAACCCGAAGGUGUGGCCAAACCCAGAGGUGUUUGACCCUUCCAGGUUUGCACCAGACUCUCCCCGACACAGCCACUCAUUCCUGCCCUUCUCAGGAGGAGCCAGGAACUGCAUUGGCAAACAAUUUGCUAUGAGUGAGCUGAAGGUGAUUGUGGCCCUGACACUUCUCCGCUUUGAGCUACUGCCAGAUCCUACCAGGGUCCCUGUGCCCUUAGCACGACUUGUGCUGAAGUCCAAAAAUGGGAUCUACCUACAUCUCAAGAAGCUCCACUAAUUCUGUCGUGGAGCUCCAGUGUCUGAUAUGAGGUUCACUGGCAGAAAGCUAAGCUGUUGGUAUGACCAACCUUCUUCAGAGGAGUACCCCAGAGAGUCCUCUCCUCCUCUGUUCAGAAUAGAUCAUCAUUCCUUGGCACUGGAAUAUUCCCCUGCUUCAAAGCCAGCACCCUCCUCAUCCCCUCUCUUCUAAUGUCCUUCCCUUUUACAAAUGCUUAUGACAUCAUCAAGACGCCUAAAAACUCCAAGAUAAUUUUCACAUCUAAAUGUAUCUUAUUUGAUCUAACUGACUAAGUCCCUUUUGAAUUAUGAGGAAUUAUUCAAUUUGUACCAUGGGCUCCAAAACUCAAGGCCUGAACAUCAUUUUGAAGCCAUUAUUCAGCCUAGUAUUAUCUUCACAUGANUGUUACCUAAUNCNUUCAUCUAAAUCUCCCCUGAAUAGNCUCUCUCUACAUGACUAUUCNUCACACUAGUUUCUCCAUCUUCCCUCCUUUCUGAAAUAAAGUUCCCAGUGUCA